AUGCUCGUUUCGUCCGCACAAGUCGCUAACUUCACGAGUGCGUUUGGCAAAGUGGCAAAACUGACAACACAACAACAUUUGUUACUUAUUUUCACGGUCGUGAUGGUCAUGUUCGUGUAUCAAUCCGACAACUAUUUCUGUGUGUUCCAAAAUCAAGAACAAGAGUGGGUCUCUGUAGUUAGGCCGUUGAAGGAGCAAUAUGGGUUCAGUCAGUUUAAGUUUAAGAUCUUCACCAAAGACGACCUUAAAAACGACUUUGACAACAACGAAAUCCUCGACACGUUUGGGGCUAAUUGGUCAAAUGACUCCACUAUAUUCUGCUUCCAGAGCUGUGGAAGUCUGGCAGUCUGUCUGCUUGUUAUUGUACUCCUUGUUUUUUGA